AUGGAUCAUCAGGAUCGAGAAAUUGUUAUUAAUAGAUGGUUUGAUCUGCGUCGUAGAGCUGUAGCUCAACUUAUGUGUGCAAUUGUUUACCUUUAUGUUCGGAUGUCUCGUAAGAGAAAAUUAAGUUAUAGCAUGAGCUCUGAGAGAGAAAGGGUGCGUGAAGAAAUAAUGUAUCGAAUUAGUAAUUGUGAAACUAGUAGAAAUCUAUUGAGAAUGAGCCCUCAAACUUUUUUAAGGCUAUGUGAUAUGUUAGAAAGAGAGGGGGGUUUACAGGCUACACGAUGGUCAAGCGUGGAAGAACAAGUUGCAAAAACAAUUUACAUAUUAACCCAUAAUGUUAAAAAUCGUGAAGUCAAAUUUUGGUUUCGGCGUUCGGGCGAGACAAUUAGUCGUCAUUUCCAUCAAGUUUUAAAAGCUAUUCUUGAAUUGGAAGAAAAAUUUAUUGUACAACCUGAUGGCUCAACGGUCCCUCUGGAAAUUUCUAGUAGCUCUAGAUUCUACCCAUAUUUUAAGGAUUGUGUUGGUGCUAUAGAUGGAACACAUAUACGAGUCAAAGUAUCUGCAAAAGAUGCCCCUCGAUAUCGUGGUAGGAAAGACUAUCCAACACAAAAUGUUUUAGCAGCGUGUACUUUUGAUUUAAAGUUCACUUAUGUUCUCGCGGGAUGGGAAGGUUCUGCCUCUGACUCGAGAAUAAUAAAGAAUGCACUAACACGAGAAGAUAAACUUAAAAUUCCUCAAGGAAAAUAUUAUCUUGUUGAUGCUGGCUUCAUGCUGACAAGUGGACUUAUUACACCUUAUAGAGGAGUUCGGUAUCACUUGAAAGAAUAUUCGGCAAAAAAUCCACCCCAAAAUUACAAAGAAUUGUUUAAUCUCCGACAUGCAUCUUUACGCAAUGCAAUUGAAAGAGCUUUCGGUGUAUUGAAAAAAAGAUUUGAGAUUAUAUCUAAUUCAACAGAGCCCAAUUAUGGAGUCAAAGCUCAAAAAUUAAUCAUUUUUGCAUGUUGUAUUCUUCACAAUUAUCUAAUGAGCGCAGACCCAGAUGAAGACCUUAUAGCUGAAGUAGAUGCUGAACUUGCAAAUCAAAAUCUAUCUCAAGAAAAUCAUCAACCUUCAACAAGUGAUAGGGACGAAGUUGCUUUGGGCGGGGUUAUAAAAAAUAGUGUAGCACAUGAAAUUUGGUUAAAUUAUGAAAAUAAAGUUUUUGCCUAA